UACUAGUUUUUGAGUGGCAAAUGUUGUAACACUGUGUUGUUUUCAACGAUGUGCCUUUGGCAUCACAAAAUUUAAGCACCAUAUUUCACUUGCCUCAACUUGGGAAAUGUUAGAUCAGACAUUUUUUUCAGUGACAAUGCUUCUGUGAGUUUAUGCAAGAUUCUGAAUGCUUGUGACAAUGCUGCCAAAAGAAUUUUCGAAGACUGCGAAAGCAGUUCCGAGUGGAAGCCUAUCAUGGGUAUAAAUUAUCGUUACAUCAACAAUCCGACCGUGAGACUGCACAUACCGACUGUAGUCAACGGCAAUAUCGCUCGCUAUGCUGCUGAGAUUCAUCAGAAGGAUAGCUCCGGUACUGUGCAAAAGCUCGUAUUCAGCAAAUUUGAUGCUGCAGAGCUUGGUAACUUAAUCAGAGGUGGGAUCUUUGUGGAUGCAUUCUUCAGCUUGGAUACUUAUGAUUAUCUGCAGAAUGCAGGCAUCAGAUUGGUGGCCAAAAAAUUGGUUAUACAUUCAGAUUAGGGGUGAUUGAUCCAUUUCAGAUUGUUUCCAGAUAUGUAAUAGCACUGUUUAUGCUAAAUCUGACUCAUAGAUAUGAGUUGAUUUCUCUCAUUCAUAGCUUCAGAAUGACAUAGGGCACUGAUAAAAAAAAGAUUGAUAUUGUAAAUUUAUGAUACUGUAAUGAUUGAAUAAUUAUUGCUAAUAAUUGAAUAAUUUCAUUUUUUUA